AUGUUUUUCAGUCGAUUCAUUCUUCACAGUACCCUUCUCUCUGUCACUAUUGCUGCAAAGUGCUAUUACACCGAUGGAACCUUCGCGCUUGACGAGCAACAGCCCUGCUUCCCUGAGAAAGAACACAGCGCUUGCUGCGGUAUCGCCAAAACAAACGGCGAUGAAAAUGACUACUGUCUGACCAACGGGCUUUGUCUGGGUCAGGUCAAGGGAUACACAGGGUUUGUGCUGCUCAAUAGCUGUACGGACUCAAGCUGGGAGAGCGACGAUUGUCCAAAUUUCUGUCCUAAGUCAAUGCAGGCCUCCUACGGCAUCCAUAUCCUCCCCUGCCUGGAAAACAGCAAUAACCAAUGGUGCUGCAGCACUGAUGGCUCGGACUGCUGCGACAACGCCUUCGAGCUGGACAUGGGAAAAUUGAUGUAUCCCGGGCCCGGCGGGAACUGGACGAACCCGACAUCGGUGAUAAACCCUCCCACAAGCACGUACGCAAGCACAACCAGCAGCGCAGGUGACAAUGCCUCGCAAAUAGCCACAACUACUGUCACGGUGACAAGCGAUCCGGACUCAGGCUCCAACUCAUCGUCCUCUGAGACCUGCGACAACGGAACAGGGACCUGUCAGGAUAGCAAGACCACCAUUGUAGGAGUCGGCGUCGGUCUGGGCGUGGCGCUGGUCGUAUGUCUUGCUUCUUCAGCAGCUGCGCUGUGCUUCCAAAGACGCCAAUUUAAUCGGCGCUUGGAGGAGACGAAGGCGAGUUAUCUGGCGUCUGGGUAUUUGCCUGCACCACGGGCUCAGGCGGAGUUGUAUGCGUCGAAUGCGCGGCCACCAAUAGCGGAGUUGCCGGCGAAUAAACGGACCUCGAUAUUUGAGAUGUGA